AUGGUGACCUCGAUCCCGCGGAGGUUUAAAUGCUCGAGGUGUGCCAAGUGCAAGUACCAGUCGAAGGGGACGUUUUACUGCAGGGUGAACCAGCUGCACCUCGUGGCGCCAGGCUGGGAGGAUGCUGAUCAGACGGCGACGUGGGAUCCCCCACGAGGGUUUCUCAAGUGGCUUCGUAAUGCCGGGCCCGUGGUGGGCUGCGAGACCGACCAAGACGUGCUGGACUUGUCGCUGAGGAACCCCCUCUUCCUCGACUCCUUCCCGUGGUACCGUUCGGCCGGAUGGAGUCCCGAAAUGUACGAUCUGCCCAUCUUCACGGAGAACAGAUCGACCCCUGGUAACGAAGCGGUGGGCGAGGGCAGCGGCAGCGACAGCGAUGACGGCCGGGGGCAAAGUGGCGUCAAGGGUGAUGUACGAUGA